ACGUUUUUAAUUAUAUAAUAGAAACAAGUAUGAUUUUCACAAAAGAUUUAUCUCUGAGGGGUUAGUAGGAUUUUAAUUAGGAGAGUUUAUUUACCUCCUGGUGAUUUUUAAAAAUUGGACGAUCAGUGAUACAAAUCAUGAUUGUUGCACAUCGACUUUUGCUAAGGAGAAAUCCCAUUAGUCUCCUAACUAUAGUAUAUCGGUUGAAUCCUACAGUUUUAAAUUAAUAUCAUUUGGUAUAAAUAACUUUUCUUCAAAAACAAUCCUCAAAAUCCUUUUCCUCCACCAAAUUCUCAUAAUCUUGUAUUUUUACUCACCCCACCUACCCAUUUUUCUCUUCAAAAGAUAUAUUAACCCCACUCUAAUAAGAAAGAGGCUAGAAAAAAGAAAACUAAACUCCAUUUGUCCUCUUUGUUCCUAUCUACUUCUAUAAUGUCUUCAAAGAUCAAGAAAUGGAAUUUCGGGAAACUAUGCAUAUCCAAUGGAGCAGGUUGUAGUGGUUGCAACAAACCAAAUUUAGCAGAUAUAGUAGAACCAAAGCCCAAAAUCCCUAUUCAGACAAAUCCAUCAUCUAACAAUAUUUGUCACACUUCUACAAAUUCUUGUGAGAUCAACGGUCAUGUAUAUUCCAUGGCUGAUGAUAAAAAUGAUGAUUUUGAUCAAGAUGAUCAGACUUCCACCACAUUCUCUAUUGACAUAAGCUCCUUAUCUCCACCAAGUUCUUACCAAAAUGAAAAUAAUUUGUCACAAUCAGAAGCAAAUUCAGGAUCUAGAGUUUGUACAUGUCCAGAAAUUGAUAACACCUUUGUUGUUGUCACAAAUUCGGAUGAUCCAUUUCAAGAUAACCACAUUUCCAAACCCUUCUCCAUUACUAACAUAGAUUCAUUAUCUGCACUAAAUUUUGAUCAAAAUUAUGGCACCAAUUUUUCACAGUCAGAGACGAAUUCAGAAGUUAAAAUCAGUACAUGUCAAAAAAUUGACGUCGGUCUUAUUGUCGCCAAGAAUUUGGAUGAUCCAUUUCAUGACCACCACACUUCUGUAACCUUAUCCAAUAAGACAAAACCAUUAUCUCCAUCAAAGUCAAAGCAAAAUGAUGAUAUCAAUUUGUCACGAAUUGAGGUAAAUUCAGAAUCUAAAGUCAAUACAUGCUCAAAAAUUGGCAGCAGCCUUGCUCUUGUCAAGAAUUUGGAUAAUCCAUUUCAUGAUAACCACACUUGCCCCACCCACUCCUUUAACACAAAAUUAUUAUCUCCACCUAGUUCCAAUCAAAAUGCAUGCACCAAUUUGUCACAAUCAGAAACGAAUUCUGAAUCCAAAAUUGAUACAUGUCCAAAAACUAGCAAUACUCUUGCGGUCGUGAUUAAUUCGGAUGAUCCAUUUCAAGAUUUCAAGAAAUCCAUGCUCCAAAUGAUCUCUGAGAAAGAAAUCUAUUCAUCUGAAGAUCUAGAGGAGCUCUUGAAUUAUUUUCUAAAGUUGAAUUCUCCUUCUCAUCAUUACAUUAUCAUUCAAGCCUUCAUGGAAAUCUUGAAUAAUGAUUGAAAAGUUAUCUCAGAGGGACCUGGAAAACCGCAGCAUUCGUUGCAGUUCAAUUUAAUCUCCUUCAUUAAAAACAUAUACUUGCAAAUUUGAUAAGAUAAUCUUUUAAUUAUAUAAUAUUAUACAAAUUGUUGAAUUUCUUAUAAAUAUAAAUAAGUGAAGCUUCUUGUAUAGUGAUAAAGUUGACUAAAAUAAGAUUUUAUGUCACAAGU